AUGAGUGGAUUAUACGGCCUACUCUUCACCAAAUUGACCUUACCGUCCCCCUCAACCAUCCAGGGCAAGACCAUUCUGAUCACCGGUGCUAAUACCGGGCUCGGUAAGGAGGCCGCUAGGCAUGCACUCUCCUUGGGAGCUGGCACAAUCAUUAUGGGUGUUCGCACUCAGAGCAAAGGCAAAGAGGCCAAAGCGGAUAUCGAGGCGAGUACCAGUUCUACCAAGAAUAAGGUUCUAGUAUGGCCUCUCGACCUUGAAUCAUUUGCCAGCGUCCAAACAUUUGCAGCCAGGGUUCACAAAUAUGUGGUGACGGACGGGGGACGGUUAGACAUAGCCAUUAUGAACGCUGGGAUUGCAUCGGUCGAAUACGCUGUUACCAGGGAUGGAUGGGAGAGGGGAAUUCAGGUGAAUGUGUUGUCGACUGCACUGCUUAGCCUACAACUGCUACCGCUAUUGCUGCAAACAAAGGAGCGAGAUCCCUCAGCGCAACCGCAUUUAGCGAUCCUCACGAGCGACAUUCACAAGUCAAUCAAAUUCCCCGAAAGAUACGCGGAGCAUAUUCUUUCUGUCUUGAACGAAGAGCAACAGUGGAAGAAAUCACAAGCUACAGGCGGAUCUACUGAGCGCUACGGGGUUACCAAGCUGAUGGAUAUUUUUAUCACUAUGGAAUUGGCUAAACUAGUGCCUCGUGACGCGUAUGGAGAGCCGCUGGUGGUCGUGAAUGGUGUGACACCCGGAUUUUGCAAAUCAGAUCUCCUCACCAGGGAGAAGGCACCUUGGAUCCUGAAACUGGUCCAGGCCUUGGUUGCCAGAACGGUGGAGGAAGGCAGCAAAACCUUGUUGCAUGCAGUAGCGCAGGGGUCGGAGACUCACGGAAAGUGGUUGGAAAACCAGGUAAUCACAGAGUAA